AUGUGGCUGAAAUUCGUCAGAAGAUCAAUGGAUUUACUCAUGCAACAUUGGACAGUACUAUUGUUCUCAAGGCCAUGGACACUAGAGUUAAUCUUCUUGACAAUAUUCAAGCAGUCAACACCAGAAUCGUGGGUUCUGAGGCAGCCAGAGAGAUUGCUCAAGUUCGCGUAUUUGCCUAUUUAUAUCACAUGCAUAUCAACAUUGAAGCAGCUCGACAGCAACCAGAUUUCAAAGGAUUCUUGGAUGGAGUUGCGCACUCUGGUCGGCUUGAAGUCUAGCCCCGCUGUCAGUAAAUUCCAAAGACGAUGUAAAAGAGUAGCUCAACUGGUUGAUGUGGUUGGUAAUGAAGCAGGUGCGUUUGUGUUGGGUCUCUAUAUCACAAUCUAUUCAUUGGAAAACGACAUGGAGGAGGCAUGGAAGCUGUUGCUCAAGGAUAUCAAAGCACAAAGACAAUUUCUCGAUUUUACAAAGUCGCUGCAAUUGGCUUCUGAUCAAGUUACUCAAGAAAUGAAUAAAUGA